GAUCAAUCAUGUUGCACAUUUUAGCGCACUGAGUAGGUACGAUCUUUUAACUCGCAGUGAUUCGAGAUGAUAUGAAUGUCCUGAGAAAAAUCUAACCAAAUCAUAGGACUGUGAUGAAAAUCCAGUUAAUAUUUUACUACGGUUUGUAGUCAUGUGCACUGGUGAGUAAUUUGCACUUUGGAUCAUCCUUGUGCUUCAGAUCAUCUGGAGUUCAGUGUACAAAGAGGAAAGAACUAAACCUGGAAAGAUCUGAUCUGUUUCCGAACACAAUGACUGAUGAGAACACAACAUAUGACUAUGAUGAUUACUAUGAGGACCAGUUGUGCCGCAAAGACGACGUGGUCAAAUUUGGAUCCAUUAUUAUCCCGCUGUUUUUCUCUAUAGUGGUUGUGAUGAGCUGCAUUGGGAACAUCCUGGUCUUGAUCAUCCUGGCGCUUUACGAGAAUCUGAAAUCCCUGACCAAUGUGUUCAUCAUCCAUUUAUCGGUAUCAAAUCUGCUGUUCACGUUUGGUCUUCCAUUCUGGGCUUCGUACUUCAUCCAUGGUUGGACGUUUGGAGAGAUUGGCUGUAAAGCGGUCAAGUUUCUGUUCUACGUGGGCUUUUACAGCAGCGUGAUGUUCUUGACUCUCAUGACCAUUCAGCGCUACAUGGCAGUGGUUCAUCCUUUGUCCGACUGGGAGAAAUGCAGAUGCUUUUCAGUCGCUCCCAUUAUCAUUUGGAUGAUGAGUGGAACGGCUGCGCUGGUUGGUGCACAUUAUAGCAAAAUCCUGAAAGAUCUGAACAACACAUACUGUGAAUAUGAAAGUAUUAAAGUCAAAUCAGGCAUUGCUUAUUAUCAGAACGCUUUUUUCUUCAUUGCAUUUAUAUUUGUGUGGUUUUGCUAUGGCCGAAUGUGUUGGGCGAUAACAAAAUAUCACAAUCGUGAGACACACAGAACUGUUAGACUAACAUUUCUCAUUGCACUGUUGCUAUUUUUCGGUUGGACUCCAUAUAACAUUGCUAUGUUCCUGAGAUCUCUGACUGAUCAGAAUAUAUAUCCAUUUACACUCUGUGAAGUAAGCAAAACAGUCGACUACGCAUAUUACAUUUGCCGACUGAUUGCUUUCUCACACUGUAGCGUCAAUCCAGCAUUGUUCAUUUUUGCUGAUGCAAAUUUCUGCAAACAUUUACGAAAACGUUCAUGGAAGUUCUUUUCAAAUAUCGAUGUCUAUGAAUAACGAAUGUUACUGAAUGUGAAGUGUCCAGAAUUUGAUAAUGAGACUUGAAAGUUGGGGACUUAAAUGUUUUGUGACAAAACUAAAUAUUUGAAUGUUUUUUGUAUAAAAUACAUUUGAGCUGUGUAAUCACAUCAGCCUGAAUACAUGGCAUUAAGUAAGGAUGCUCCGAUCAGGAUUUUUGCAGC